CGUCGGCAUGUGCUUAGCGUUUCUUGUGUUCAGCUACGUGCAGAUGAACUACGGCUCCACCAAGAUGAUGGAAGUGUCCAAGGAUGGUGGUGUCGACGGCAACAAGCCGAUGUCACACGACGAGUUUGAUAAGGCGAUAGCCAGGGCGAAUUUGCCAGACGUUCAUCUGACGGUGGAUAAGCACAUGCAUCACGAUGAUGACGCUAUAGCCAGGAAAUUGAGCGAACAGGUCCGCGUGUUGGUUUGGGUGAUGACGUCACCGAAUAAUUUAAAGUCCAAAGCUCGAAUUGUAAGGGACACGUGGGCCAAACGGUGCAACAAGAUCAUUUUUUUCAGUUCUGAAGACAAUGCUUCCUUCCCCACUGUGGGGUUGAACGUGCCCGAGGGUCGGGAACAUCUGACAGCCAAAACAAUGAAAGGUUUCCGAUAUGUCUACGAGCAUAAUUUCAACGACGCUGAUUGGUUCAUGAAGGCUGAUGAUGACACCUACCUGAUCGUGGAAAACCUCCGGUACUUCUUAUCUGGCCAAAAUACCAGUGAACCCGUUUAUUUUGGCCACCAUUUUAAAGCACUCGUCAAACAGGGAUACUACAGUGGUGGUGCUGGCUAUGUGUUGAGCAAGGAAGCUUUAAAAAGGCUGGGAGAGCAAGGCAAUAAUACCAAGGUGUGUCGUCAAGAUGGAGGGGCAGAAGAUGUUGAACUGGGCCACUGCAUGCAGAAUUUAGGGGUGCGCACAGCAAACAGUACAGACAUACUAGGCCGCAGUAGAUUUCACUGUUUUGAUCCAGAGACUCAUUUGUUUGGUGGUUAUAAAGAAUGGUAUUAUCGAUAUGAUGCCAAUGGUGCUAAGAAGGGAAGAGAAAGCAUCAGUGAUUACGCCAUCAGCUUUCAUUAUGUUCCACCAGAAAAAAUGUUGUCAUUAGAAUUUUACAUCUAUCACCUGAGGCCGUAUGGGAUCAACUCGGGAGAACAGGAUUUAAACCAACAGAAACAUUUGCGUAGAUAAUAAUGUCUUAAUGGUUAUCUUGUUUAACCCAAUUUUAUAAAAAUGUUGAGAUUUAUAAGUUAGCUCCUGCCAAAAUAGAAUUUUAUUCUAUUUGUUUAAAAAUCCUAUAUAUAUCCAACAGUGUGAUAACCUGCAAGUCCAAGAAAUUAGGGCAGAUCGUUCCAAAGAGAAAAUAACUAGUCAAAAUAAAGUUAACUAAUUGUAAUAUUUAAAACAAGCAUUUGACCUUAAAGAAAUCUGAAGUUUGAAUACAGAAAAUACGUUUUGCUAUAGGCACUUUUCUGAAGAUCUAAAUAUGUUUUUGUUGGUUGUUGAAAGUUCCAUUAAUAUCUAAGUAAUUUGAUUAUUGUGUGCUAGUUUUUUCAAAAGGUUGAAUGAUAUUUAAAAUUCUAUGUCUUCACUGUUAAAACAUCAUACCAUGUGGAUUUGACAUUUCCAUUUCUCAUUUUGAACAGAUCACUUUGUAUAAAUAGUUGAUGAUAUAAUUUUGAUGCAUUGCAGUGAUUGCAUUUUUUUAGUUACGAAAGUAAGUUUUAAUUAGUCUUCUUGUUGUGAUAAGAAAAUGUGUUUUUAUGUGAUGUAAGUGUAAAUGAAAACAUUUUCUUUCUGUAUAAAAGUGAUUGGAAGUGAUUUGCUGACUGUAGGAAUGAAAGUAUUUUAUCUUCCAUAAAAGUAUUUUUGCAUACUUAAGGAGGGAAUAAAAGUAUUUUCUUUUGGUAAAGAAAAAUGCUUAAUUUUAAUACAACUUCCUGUAAUAUAAACUGGGAUUAAAAAUUCCUGUAAAAUAGUAUUUCUUUCUCCAAUAAUAUUCUUUCUGUUGAAUCAGUUCUGGGUGGUUUAUUUUCUGUAGUUUCCAGUUUGUUGUGUAAGUAACAGUCCAUAUUUCUGGUGUGAAUUUGAUGUAAUAAAUAAACAACACCAAUAUAUUUAUACAUCAAAUAAUAUUUAGACUUAGAAAAAAAAAAUACACCAGCCAGUAAUAUUUUUCGAAAUAAAGAAUGAGAUAUUGUUGUCUAUUAUUUAAAAAAUAAAAUAAAUUAAAUUAAGGAUCUGUUUUGUAUUUGAACAUUGCAUUUAAAAUGUUGUUUUUUAAGCAAGAAAUAUUGAUGAAAUAUAUGUUGUUAUAUAAGUUGAAUGGUUUUAAAUUCCUCAUUUAAUUUUUAGUUGCAUUCAUUUUUUUCCAAAAGAAAGUUUCUUAGAAUUGCGGCAUGAUGUGGCUGUUGUCACUCUGUUAAAAAUUUUAAAAUUCUAUUUAAUCAAACAUUUAUUUUGUAAUGUUGAGCCUGCUACAAUAAAAUGUUAUCAUCUCAAUUUAUUCAUGGUUUAAAAUGUUUUUUCAAAUUUUAAAGUAACUUUUGAUUGUA